AUUACUCUUCACCAACUACUAGCUUUCUGGGAUCUGAUCACUUCUAAGUGUAAACCUCUAUUACCCUAGCAAUGGUCCCUUGCGUUCCUUUUAUUCCUCUUGUAUAUGAACGCAAAAAAUAUAACAGCAAACCCUCAAACCUACAGCAGAGAGAAGGCAAGCACGGCACCAACCCUCUUCGUACUGCCUUUUUAACUUGGCAGGGGAGCUUAAAUUUUGGAGAGAAUGGUGGCAUUCAUAGGAGGGGCGGGGUAAAAGUGUUGUCUAAUUACACGUUAAUGGCAGAACUCGCCUUAACCACGUCCCUCCGGCACAGCGGUGAAUUUCUCCUGCGUGCUCCUGUGCGGAUCCCGAGACCCUUCUCGCUUUAAGAGAGCCUCCGGCGCCCCUCACUCCGCCCCUUCCCAAGUCUCUGGGCUCGUCAAAGCUUCCCGAGAGCCAUGGUUGGUCCAGGCAGGCAAUCGGAGCACCUCGUGGAGCGGCUGCUCACCCAGGGUGGGGUGGGGUGGGGUGGAGUGGAGGGGUCUGUUUGUAGUACUCUCAGUCCUGAUGUCACAGGCGCGGCAAGGACAUCGCAAGGAGGAGUCGGAUUACAGUAAGGAUGGGCAGUGCAGCAGGCAGCCCGAGCGCACUCUCCAGCCGCCGGGGAUCGUAGCCCUGGAACGGCAGCCUGCGAGGCGCUCAUCCCGCGGAGGAGGCACACUCUCGGCGCCCACUGCUCUCCACGCCGGGAACGUUUCCACCGAGUGUAGCAUGAAACGGCUCUGCUCUGCGUGCCAGCCUGGGGUGAGAGCUGAUGCUGAAGACACCGCGGUGGGGUUCCAGCUGUCUGAUUAAUGAGAAACAUAAUGUAUUUUGGUGGUACAUGCCAGAGUCCUGCUCUCCCGGCCCUUGUCCGUCCACCAGCCCCUCCUUUGCAACCAUCGCUGGAUAUUAAACCAUUUCUUCCCUUUCCUCUUGACACUGCAGCUGCAGUCAACCUCUUCCCCAAUUUCAAUGCGAUGGACCCGAUUCAGAAAGCUGUAAUAAACCAUACAUUUGGGGUUCCUCUUCCCCAUCGAAGAAAGCAAAUUAUAUCAUGCAACAUUUGCCAGUUGAGAUUUAAUUCUGAUAGCCAGGCUGCGGCCCACUACAAAGGCACGAAACAUGCCAAGAAGCUCAAAGCACUGGAAGCCAUGAAAAAUAAGCAGAAAUCUGUAACUGCCAAGGACAGCGCAAAGACUACCUUCACCUCCAUCACUACCAAUACCAUCAAUACCAGCUCUGACAAAACAGACGGUACUGCAGGGACACCAGCAAUAUCAACAACGACAACUGUGGAAAUUCGCAAAAGCAGUAUCAUGACAACUGAGAUCACCUCUAAAGUGGAAAAAAGCCCCACGACAGCCACUGGCAAUAGCUCAUGUCCUUCUACUGAGACCGAGGAAGAAAAGGCAAAACGACUUCUUUACUGUUCGCUAUGCAAGGUUGCUGUCAACUCCACCUCGCAGCUGGAGGCACACAACAGUGGUACUAAGCACAAAACCAUGCUAGAAGCCCGGAAUGGAAGUGGCACUAUCAAAGCCUUUCCUAGGGCAGGAGUGAAAGGCAAAGGACCUGUUAAUAAAGGAAACACAGGCCUCCAAAACAAAACAUUUCACUGUGAAAUCUGUGAUGUGCACGUCAACUCGGAAACACAACUUAAACAGCACAUUAGCAGUAGAAGGCACAAAGACAGAGCUGCUGGGAAGCCCCCGAAACCUAAAUACAGUCCUUACAACAAACUACAGAAAACAGCACAUCCACUGGGGGUAAAAUUAGUAUUUUCAAAAGAACCUUCAAAGCCAUUGGCUCCACGAAUUCUACCAAAUCCUCUAGCAGCUGCAGCAGCUGCAGCAGCAGUGGCAGUGAGCUCCCCCUUCAGCCUUCGAACUGCUCCAGCAGCAACACUGUUCCAGACUUCUGCGCUUCCUCCAGCACUCCUGCGGCCAGCUCCUGGACCCAUUCGGACCGCCCAUACUCCUGUGCUGUUUGCUCCUUACUAAAUUCCAAAUAGGAGUAAUUGUACUGCAAUAAUUUUACAAACAAAACAAAAGAGAACUAUGCAGUGUUUAUUUAUAGUUUAAAGUAUAUCUGAAGAGCCAGGACUUUUGACAGUGAAUUGAAAAGGUUACAAAAAGGGGGGGGGAGGUGGGGGGGAGGGAGGGAGUGAUAUUUUCUCCAAAUUAAAGCAUUCCUCUUGAACGUUGAUUGUUUUAGAAGUGAUCUCCAGCAUUGAUUUGUAGUGGUAUCUAGAACUUCUGAAACCUCUGUGACUGUGCUUUUGGGCACUAUUUCCCUCUGCAUUGUCUUUCCUGCUUUAUGAAACAACUAUACAUUGUCUAAGGGCAUUAACUGGUUCCAAUGUAUAUACAAUAAUUUACUCUGUAGAUUAAAAUAAUACAAAAAAGGAAAAAAAAAAACAAAAACAAAAACAAAAGCAACACUGUGAAUAGUACUACCCAUGCUGGUCCUGUUGCUAUGACAGCAAUUACUGGGUAUUUACCCCAACAAAAGUAGAUACAGUAGAUGUCUUGUAAAACAAUAGUGCUGUGUCUCAAUCUAUGCCACUAGGUUUUAAAGAAUCGCAAAGGUAGAAUGAACAACUAUUUCAUACCAAUAAGCAGUCAAAAAACAAACAUACAUCAGAUGGUGUCAUGGAGGUCUCCCUGGUUAGCAUUCUCCCCUCCUGUAUAGUUUAAAGAUAUAACAGAGUUGAGCUUAGAGAUGGGGGAGGCAUUAAUAAAGGUGAUUUCUUACAAAGUACUAACUUCCCAUCCUGAAGAUAUAUUGCUGGAAACUGGGAAGUGUUUAUAAUGAAUCUACAUCUGAAAACAAAUAAACCCAUGCAUCAUGGGUGUUAAGAAAGAAAUCAGUAUAACUCUUCUGUUUCAAGGAUGAAGGAUUAUAAUGUAGAAUGGCAAUGUAAAGUCCAGAUCUUUCACGUUAGUACAUAUCCAAUAAAAACAGAGAAUAUUGCAUCUCUGCAGUAUCCCCUUUAUAUCACACCAGUAGGAUUGUUUCUUAGGCAAAGGUCUCUGCUUUAAGUAUGAUGGUAGAAUUCAGCAUUAGCUAUUUUUAUCGGUUUUUCUUUUUUUUUUUUUUUAGAUUUCCUGCUGACAUGAUAUAAACAAUUAAUAUAUAUUUAAAUCUUAAUAACAACAGGAAAUAUGAAUCUGAGUUAAUUGCACACCAGUGACAUAGUGUUAAAAAAUACUGGUAAGUUCCACUUAACAAUUAUUUCUCCAGUGGAGCUGUGAAAUACUGACAGCCUUUGACAUUCACCAUCAGGCUGAAAGAAGUUGAUGUUUUACCUUUAAAACAAGAUUUAUCAGGGGUAUAUAUAAAUAUAUGUAUAUUGUAUAUAUGUUAGAAAGAUUAAGAGAAUAACUUAUAAAAAGAAAAUCUAUAUAAAAUAAUUAUAUAACCAUCCAGUGUUACAUGUUAUCAUUUAAUUGGUAACAGAUGGCAUAAAAAUAGCUGUGCCUUUAAUUUGUGAUAAAGGCUAUUUGCUUUUUCCCAUAGAAAGCUAAAAUAUACCUAUCGAUAUGGUGGGGUUUGAUGCAGCCAGUCUGUUGCGUUAAUAGGAACAAUGACAUUCAAACUUAGAAUAAUGGCCAAACAUACAUGAUUUAGGUUUAAAGAAAAAAAAAACUAUUUUUGAAAAAGUUUUGUAAAGACUAUUUAAAAAUAUAGGGAAGGAUUGGGUGUGGCCUUCCUGAAACUGCUCUCAAAGUGUUGUAACACUUGGAGAGGUAUAAAGAAUCAAGUGGAAACCAUUUGAGAGAUAGGUAUUUGGCAUUUAUCAUUUUAUAUUUAAGAAACACCCAUAGCGUGCUUGGUGCUCAACAUUAAACAUGGUUUUUGGAGUUCUUCUCUACCAUCUAGCUAUAGACAUUUGUCAUCUAAAUCAAUCUUUAAAGCAUUUGGCUUUAUAUAUCUUUUGUUAAACAACCAACCAAAAAAAAAAAAAAAAAAAAGGAAGGAAGGAAGGAAAGAGGGAAGACAAUGUGUUCCAUCAGUAUUCUGGUAGAAAGAAUUUCAAACAAUGCUUCUCUGGUUAAACAUAUUGAUUAGCAUUAAAAUUUGCUUUAGAAAGUGUUUUCAUUAACCAGCAUCUCUAUUCUCUGGUUUUAGCAAGUGUUUUCUUUCUCACCUACAGACCCUGCUAGUUCAGCCUGGUGGAUAGUUGCCGGCAAGUUUGUUGUUUGGGGCUCUGUCUGUAUCCCAUGAGACCAGUUUCUAACCGUUUUGAACUUUAGUUUGUCUUUUCUGCUAUGUCAAAUAUAUUGAUUUUCCAUAGUCAUCCUGAAUCCCUAUCCAACAACCUUUACAACUGAUAGAGCCUCGCUUUCUGUUAGAGAAUUUAGUGUUAAUUAAUGCAAUCUCACUAAAUUGUGCUUUUGUUGUUGUUCUCCAUUUUCACCAAAGUGAAUGAAUGAGCCAGUCCACUAGAAAUCAGGGCCUGUGGGAUACACAGGGUCCUGGAUCACAAGGCAUUACUAACUUUAAUGAUUUGCUGGGAACAAACAAAUCAGCCAUAUUUUCUCCAUCAGCCAUAUGAGGAAACUCAGAAAUACCUGAAUCCCUUCUGCCUCACUUCGCUAUGGAACCAUUUUUGUUUAAAUGGUCUUUUAAAUUGGAGUUGUAAGCAUCAGUUGUCUUUUACUCACUACCUAAUAAAGGAUGAAGCCUAACCACAGAACUUAUAGUGGAUUCUCUGUGAGUUGUUUCCCCACACUCCAUAUAUUUAUCAACACCAGAUUAACAUCCAUUAUAGUUCAGGCUGCCAUAAAGCUGUAUGUUUUCCCUUAGGGAGCUUUUUUCAUGAAUAAAGAUCCACAAUUUAGAUUGGUCAGCAGUGUGCUGUGAAAAUCCCUGAGGGUGGUCUGACUUUAAGGCUAUACAUCCCUUCCAUGCAUCACACCCAUGGCAAGGAAAGUGAUGGAGAAAGCAGCUCUGAUUCAUUUGAAACAAAUAUAAAUGCACUGCAAGAGCCAAAUGCCUCUGGAAAAAGCAUUGUUGCACCUCAACCAGAUCAUCCAGACAAAUGGGAAACAGUCAUUGGGGAGGUACUGUAUUUCUCUCAAGAGAAAACAGGCGAUUAUGCAUGAUAAAUUGCUCCUCUCACUGGACCUAAACUUUGAAGAGUACUUGUUUUAUUCACAUAAGCAAACAUAGUUGGCUUUUUGCAAUUUAUGUCACUCCUGCCUCAUUUGAAAGGAUUUCUAUCUUUAGGUACUAUUGGGCUUCACCUGAUCUAUUGCAGUAAUUCAUUGCCAUUAUCAUCAGAGAUGAAAUUUGUUUUUUUUUUUCUAAAGGUCCUACAUAUUUUAUUGCCAAGAAACUAGUUAGCAAAGAGAGUGUUUACAUGUAUUUGAAAAUUGCAGGAAAUCAUAAAAGACUGACAAUGAAAAGACAGCAGAAGUUUCAAAACGGAAUCAAAGUGGCUGUGCCUAUUUGAGUUUCUAAGGCACAAACCAAAACAUAGUAGACAUGAGCAUUAAAUAUCACUUAUUACAAUUAAAUUUUAAGUUAAUAUCUUUGUCUUUGUACCUGUGUAAUGUUUCAAUUGUUCUGAAGAAAUCAGAUCACAAAUCUAAAGAUAACUAAGGUGAUAUGUAGGCCUCUUUCUUUAAACCUGAAUUGAUAUAGAAAAUUACCUUUCUAUACUUAAGCAUGGAUGACAUUGUAUUAAUAACUAUGUGUGCACCUAAAAGCAGAAUGAAGUGGUGGGGAAAGCAAUCAGGAGCCUUAAAGAAGCCAGAGCCUAUUUCAGACUCUGUCCCUGACCAACAGGGUAACUUAGUCAACUCAUGCCUUGCCCUUAAUUUCUUCUUUGGUAAAAUAGAUGAUGGUGAUUAACAGCUAAGCUGGUUUAAUAUAUCAGCACUAGAGGAGUGCUGCUUUUAUCCUCUCAGGAAUAAAAAUUCUUUAUUUGAGUGACAAAUACAGCUACUCACAUACUUGCAUGCGUCCAGAAAAAUAUUCUGUAUUCCUUUCCAUCCUGAGUGUAAGCCACAUUGGUAGGUCAUUCAUCUGCUCAACCAGAAUGUACAUUUCACCAACUAAUAUCGGAGUAGUGGCUAAUUCACUGAGUACUCACUUAUUAUGACUCCACUUAUACCAACAUCACGUAAGAUAUGCUAUUUCUAUUUUCCCAGUCAAGAAGGUAAUAAAUUCUGAACAAAACCAACCCUGAAAAGGCCAAUGGAAAGCUGGAAGUGGGGAUGUGGAAGGAACAAUUUAAACACAUCAUCCUUAUUUAUUUUGUUACAUUUUCUCUCUUCAAUAGGAAGGGGUCCUGACUAAGCCAUAACUAAUUCUGUCCUUAGUUUGCAUGGUCAUCUUAUUAAGACCAAUUCUUCUACAGACAAGUAUAUCAGUUAUGCAUUUCUAUCACUGUUACAAAAAUUAUUUAAACUGAGUCCUAAAAGUGAAAUUUUUACCUAACUUUUGCUGUUUUCUAUUUUUAUUUUUUUCCUAAAUGGGGAGAUUUAUCUCUGGAGCAUCUCUUGUGUUUUUGUACAAUAUGCUUAGUAACUAGAGAGGCUAUUUUCAGAAAAUGAAAUGGAUCAUUUCUAUAGUUGGUCUCCAUUGUCUACAUAGUAUUUCUGAGAGUGGUAUCAGGGUGUCCAGUGAAGGAUGGAUAUGUUGACAUGUCAUGAUCAUGUGGCCCAAAGGUUGUUACUGCCAAGAAUGGACUUACAGCUUACCAGAAUGUGCAUGGUGACGAAAGGCAGGUUCUGCUCUGAAAAAAUAUCAUAUGUUAUUCUAUUAGAAGUUCAUGCAGGUCAUGAAGAGUCGCAGAGUUUAAAGAACUCUCUGGUUGGCUCAUCAAUGUUCAGAUGUCAAAAGACUGAACAUUACCUACAAUUUUAGGGUCUUCUCUUUCUUUAUCUCAGUGAUGGAAACUCAUCCUUCCUAGGUGCCUAAGUUGAUGGUAGAAACUGCUAAAGUGUAUUCGACAAAUAAAGUAAAAUCUGAUUAUUAAUAUGUAUGAUCAGGUAGAGUAAAUUAAAUUUUGGUUAACUAAGAGCAAAGAAUGGGGUCAUGUUAUUUUCAAGACUGGCAGCUCAUCUCUAAAGGCAAUUUUUAAAGAGUAGGGCUAAAAUGAUUUGUGAGCAAAGAAGUAUAAUUAAAAAUAAGUAAUAGUACAGUGACAUGUUCUACGGUUAAUGCUUACAUAUACACAUAUGCACAUACAGAAUUGUAAAAAUAGGAGUCUUAGUACCUGUCAUCCUUUCACAAAGCCAUGGUAAAAUCAUUUUAUUCUCAAUGAUUAGGUUGGUUUUACUUUAGGAAAAGGAACUCCAAUUUCACACUUGGGAAUCUUAAUUAUUUUAGGGCAUUGGAGGGGUUGGGAAGCAGACAUAAUGGUAAGGUACUAUGCUCUCUAGCAAGGUUAUUAUGCUAACAGUUUGAGUUGGGUAAUGCAAUUGUCUCAUUUCACAUCAGCUACUGACUUGGAGUAUAGAAAUCAAACCCUUAUAAAAUCUUCCUCAAAUCCAAGUAGUUUGCAGGACAUGGUAUAACAACACUAAGGAAAAUUAGCAGAGUGAGCCUUAAUUGGAAACCCAGAUUGUAUUUUUGUCAGUAUAACAAUUAUUAUUUUUAAAGUCUCUCAGUAAUAGGAUUGUUCAACAUAAAUCUAUUGAGAAACAAUGAUGUCAGAGAGUUUUGAAGCUAUAGUGAAAGUGUGGUGAAUUUUCUUAGCCAAAAUAAUAAUGUGGGUUUUAUUGGACAUUUGUCAACCCAAGUUAAUACACAUUAUUGCAUAAUUCCAGCAUGGGACACUAGGACUAGGGGCAACUAAUAUUGGAUAAAGACCCUUCAUGAGAUGCUUUAUGUCUCGUGUGAUGUUAUGCUAACAUUAGUAGAGAUGAAAAAGAAAUUAAGUUUGUGAGGUACUGGAAAGUUUAACUUUUAUCAAAUAGUAAGAAGAAUUCCGUUUGAUGGCAUCUGGUUUUUAAAUGAAUUAUAGAAAAAUGUGUGGAAGUAUUGGAUAUUGGAGAAAAAGCCUUGUGGCCAAGGGAUCUGGGCACAAGAUCGAGCAUCACAGAACAGUGAGCACAGUUGUUGGCUUCACUACCAAUCAACUAUGAGGAAACUGCGCCAAUUCACUUAACAUUUUGUUGAUUCUCUCGAUAAAAAUAGGGAUAAUGACUGAUUACAGAAAUGUGCUUUUAAAAAAGCUGAAUUUAGCAAAAGCAAGUCAUUUGCUACUCAAAAUAGAUCCAAAAUCUAAGCCAUAUUUCUAUAAAUUUCAAUAAAAUUGUUUUAAAAUGUGAAUUGUAGUUACAGUGUUUAUAUUACUAAAUAUUUAAAAUGGAACUGACCUGAUGCCAAAGCUACAUCAUAUGUAGCUAUAUUAGCUGUCUGUUUAUCCUGAAAAAAGGCUGGAGUGUUUUUAAAAAUAUAUUUUUAAAUCUGCACAUGGAGGUAUAUGCAAAGAACAUUGUUUAUUUGGGAAAUAUUUUUUGUCAUAGUUUCUUUCAUUUAUUUCUUCAGCUGAAAUCUUAUGUCAGUUUCAACUAAGGUCUCGUUACUUUAGUCAAUACUUUCUUCUAAUAAUAUUUAAUUCACUGGAAUUUUAUAAUAAAUUUUAAAUUAACUCCUAAGUGUGGUUAGUUGAGGAAAAUUUAAUAUUAUCCAAUGUAUGAUGAAAUAUUCAGGUUUCACAAAAACUGGAUGCUUGGCUAUUUUUCAAUGGUUAUUCUUCACAAUAGAACUACAAACAGACUGUGUCAAAUAAAUUGACUGAUAAGUAUGUCUAUUUACUAACAUGAGCCAAGUUGAACUUUACUUGAGAGAUCUAAAGAUAGUUAAUACACAUGCAUUUAGUGACUAUAAGUUGAAGGCAAUAUUCUUUUGACAACCAAAUUUAUUGAAAACUUUGGCAUUAAUGUUGGCAAAGGUGAGCACUAUUUCGAAAUUAAAAAUAGACUAUGGUUUGCUCUGCA